UCCCUUUCGUUUUGUUUCUGACGCCUCUCCCCCUCCCUCUCUCCGAAACCCUAGUUGCUUGCUUCCUGCAACAAUGCCUCCGAAGUUCGAUCCGACUCAAGUCGUCGACGUUUACGUCCGAGUCACUGGGGGAGAGGUUGGCGCGGCGAGUUCCCUCGCUCCCAAAAUCGGCCCACUCGGUCUCUCCCCGAAGAAGAUCGGUGAGGACAUCGCGAAGGAAACUGCCAAGGACUGGAAGGGCCUCCGAGUCACCGUCAAGCUCACCGUCCAGAAUCGUCAAGCCAAGGUCUCCGUCGUCCCCUCCGCCGCCGCUCUCGUCAUCAAGGCCCUCAAGGAGCCGGAGCGCGACCGCAAGAAGACGAAGAAUAUCAAGCACACCGGCAACAUCUCCCUCGACGACGUCAUCGAGAUUGCUAAGGUCAUGCGCCCCCGAUCCAUGGCCAAGGAACUCUCCGGCACCGUCAAGGAGAUCCUGGGCACUUGUGUGUCCGUUGGAUGUACUGUUGACGGCAAGGACCCCAAGGACUUACAGCAGGAGAUUACCGACGGCGACGUCGAGAUCCCUCAGGACUGAGACUACUUCAGAAGUGAGAAACGAGAAACUUUUUGUUUUGAUAUAGCUUUGAUUUCAAUUCGAUCUCUGUUUUGUUUUCGGAUAUCUGGAGUAUCGUCGAACUUAUUUUUAAUGUAAUUCCAGCUUUAAGUUUAUGACUAUUAUCUGGAUACAGUGUGCUAUUGGUUAAAAGUUGGAUGCUGAUUCGGAAUUUA